UUAAAAUCGGUAUUAAUGCAUUUGGCACAGAAGGAACUCGUGUGAGUUUUAAAAUCACCGAAAUAUUCUCUUUUGCCUAUGUGGACAAUUAAUUGACAUUUUCGCACCACCACAACUAAAACGGCGAGGAAAUUGUGUUAAUGUUGCACGGUAUCAACUUUUUGUGUAGUGGACGAGUUAAACCGAACUGUAGGGGAGAGGGCAGAGUUCUGCCUCGAAGCCAGACAAGCUGGCUGUCAUGCAGGAUUGGUAGUGGAGAAGUAUGUUUGGACUUGAACAAUUUGGUCCUCAAAUAAAUAGCAGAAACGUCAGAGAGAAAAAUAAUUUGAAGCAGUUAAGAUCAAACAUGAGCGCCCAUUAUAAAAACCCCGGUUUUCACGCGGGAGCUCCGCCGCCCGGUGCGGUGGAACCGGGGAUUGGGCCGCUGAACGAGCCACCUAUGCUCGGGAUGAACAUGAACAUAAACGGGGAGUAUACUGGCGGCGGUUUUCACCCCCGCGGCCAUUCGGAGAUGCACGCUGGCGGUCUUCAACAGCAACAGCAGCAGGCGCCCAUGCACGGGUUUUUCAACAACCAGCAACCUCAUAGUCACGGACACUCUCACGGCCACCAGACCCAUCCCCACCAACACCACCCGCAUUUUGCGGGCGGCUUUGGUGGCCCAGAGCAAGGGUCUUCCUGUUUACAUGGGGGUAGGAUGAUGGGUUACGGUGGUGGCAUGGGGCCCCAGCAGGGCUUUGCGGAGGGCUUCGACCCCCUCUCCGAGGGCCAAGCAGGGGAGGGGUUCCCCCAGCAACAGCAGAGGCCUGGGUCUAUGCCUGACUUCCAGCACCACGGACCCUCCAGUGGAAACCACCCCGUCCCUGCCCCCUGCCUGCCCCUGGACCAGUCACCAAACCGGGCUGCCUCUUUCCACGGCCUGCCCUCCUCCUCCUCCUCCUCCUCUGAGGGCCACGGUCUGGAGGCCAGGCGUUUGCCCCCGCAGGCCGGCGUGGAGGGCCUGGACUACAGCUACCCCAACGAGCCCCCUGCCGGCCACUUUGACGUGUCCGUCUUUUCCCCCUCGGACUCUGAGUCCCAGCUCCCCCACUUCGCCGCCGGCAGACAGGGGGCCGGUUUCCCCGGAAACCCGACCCUGUCCAGGCCACCGGGGAUGCAGGCCCUCCCCAAGGGCCACCCCCAGGGGCCCCAGCAGCCGCAGCAGCAGCCCCCCGCCCAGCACGGAGGAGGGGGGGUGUUCUUCGAGCGCUUCGGCAACGGCAGGAAGAUGCCCGUGGGCAUGGAGCCUGGCAUGGGGGCCAGGCACCCCCUCCUGCAGCAGCAGCAGGCGGCCGCCUUGCUGGGGCGCCAGGGCUCCCUCCCCCGGCCCCCCCAGCCCGAGCCGGGCGCCCCCAACCCGGGCAUGCAGGACGGCAGUGGCCUCAUGCCCGGCCAGCACAACCAGUUUGAGUACCCCAUCCACAGACUGGAGAACAGGGGCAUGCACCCCUACGGGGAUCCCAUGUUCAUGCAGCAGCAGCAGCAGCAGCAGCCUCCACCCCCCCACGGCCAGCCCCCCAACCAGCGGCUGCAACACUUUGACUCUCCGUAUCUGAACGUGGCCAAGCGGCCGCGCUUCGAGUUCCCCGGCGGCGGUCACCACGGCACGGCCGGCGACAGCUGCGGAUCCUGGGGCGCGGGCGGCGGUGGCGGCGGCGGCGGCGGCAUGCACAACCCUCCCGGCAUGGAGAGCCACCUCUCGCCCUCGUCGUACCCGGGCCUCCCGGGGGAGUUCACGCCGCCGGUGACGGACGGCUUCCCGCCGGGGCCUCCCCUCCAGCACCGGGACGAGCAGCAGCAGCAGACCCUGCAGCAACAGCAGCAGCACCGCCAGAACGCCGCCAUGAUGAUCAAGCAGAUGGCGUCGCGCAGCCAGCGCAUGCGGCAGCCCAACUUGCAGCAGAUCGGUCACCACGGCGACGUGGUGCCCCCGGGUCCCAUGGUGCACGGCGGCGGCAGCGGCAUGCCGCAGACGGGCUUUGAGCGUGAGAACGGUGGCGGGCGCAUGGUGAACUUUGACGGCCAGAACCCGCACCUGGCGGCUCAGGAGAGCGCCUGGUUCGCCGGACCGCACCCCGCCCCCAGCGAGAUGAUGGCCCGGCGGAUGGGGGGCCCGGGCGGAGAGCCCGGCACACACGAGAUGCAGCCCAACGGCGCGGGUAUGAUGUUCCGGCCGGGCGUGAACGGCAUGGGCAUGCCGGACGCCAUGCGGAUGCCUGGCGACGGGCACGUGCAGGGACCCCUGCACUCGCCCAGCCUGCACCCGCAAUUCGCCGGCAACAUGGGCAACCUGGCACAGAUGCAGUCGCCCGGCGGCGGCCUCUCCAACGCACCCGCCGAGCGCCGUCCGGCCGACUUCUCUGGCCCCCCCAUGGGCGGCCAGUCCGCGUUCCCCUACGGAGGACCCGGUAGGCAGGGUGCGCCGCCGCACGGCAACCCUCAGGGGGUCAGCACCUCCCCAGGGAGCUACUCCUCGCCGCCCGACUUCCCGCCGGGCCAACGCUCGUCGGUCAGCAAGCUGGGCGCGCUCUCGCUGGGCAACUUCAGCAAGUCCAGCAGCAAGGACAGCGUCUUCGGCCAGAGCUGCCUGGCGGCGCUCUCCACCGCCUGCCAGAACAUGAUCGCCAGCCUGGGCGCCCCCAACCUCAACGUGACCUUCAACAAGAAGAACCAGAGCGAGGGCAAGCGCAAGCUGAGCCAGACGGAGCAGGACGCAAACAACGGAGGUGGCGGAAACGCGGCCAACGGGAGCACUGGUCAGGAGUACUUCCCCGCCGGCAGUGGCGGCGGCUCUUCGCAGAGCAGCCAGAUGCCCGGCGCCGGGCCUGGAGCGGGCGGCAAGCCCGUCAGUCAAAACCAGACGCCGGUGCAGGGGGAAGCCAGUGCCCUCUCCCCAAACUACAACAUGGACGCUACCCCAUGCAGUGAUGGGAAGGCAGCAACAGGGAGUGGGAGAGGGAGAGGGAGGAGGAAAAGGGACAGUGGCCAUGUGAGCCCUGGCAUGUUUUUCCCCUCUGACAAUGGCAACCCUGUUGUGAGUCCUGGUCAGCCGGCGCCCCCUCCGGCUGGCCUUGGGGAGAGGGGUGGGGGGACACCUCACGAGAAGCCCCUGACCUCGCCCUCCUGGGGCGGGAAAGGGGGCGACCUGAUCCUGGGGGACCAGGCUGACCUCAUGUCGUCGCUGGACAGCGGCAUCCAGAGCGUCUCCAAGUCGGACGGCUGCUCGCCGCACGUGGACUUCCCGGACGACGUGGGCGUGGGCGGCGGCCUGCACUACGGCAACGAGGACGAGGUGUCGUCCAGCUCGGACGCCGCCGGCGCCAAGGCCAGCCGGAGCCCCAUGGUGGGGGGCUCCCCGAAGCUGGUGCGGGGCGACGGCGUGGCACUGAUGGGUGGACAGAAGGGACAGAGCCUGGGCAUGGCUAACCAUACUACCUCGACAUCUGAUGGAUACGGACUUGGCACCACCGCCAACGGAGGCAACGCGGGGCCAGGCGGUCACCCCGGAACGCCGGGCAUGGAGCAGGUACGGACGCCCUCCAGCACUUCUGGCCAGGAUGAGGUCCACCCUCUGGAGAUCCUGCAGGCCCAGAUCCAGCUCCAGCGCCAGCAGUUCAGCAUCUCGGAGGACCAGCCUCUGGCCAUGAAGAACGGCGGCAAGAAAGGGGCCGCCGCUGCCGUCGCCGCUGACUGCAGUGGACAGAACGGCGACGUGGAGCUGGCUGGCUGCAGCCCAGAUGCCGGGAAAGGCAACAUGGGCACUAUAGACCUGGACACACUCAUGGCCGAGCAGCACGCCACCUGGUAUGUGCCUGACGACAAGACCCUCAUGGAGGGCUCGGAGGAGGGCAAGGGCUUGACUCCGUGGGAAAAGACAAAAGGCCAGAGCAACAUGAAAGAAGAUGGGGACGUGUCCCAGAGUAAGUCGGCGGGCGGCGUGGGGGCCCCGGGCCCCGGUGGGGCGGGGAGCCACCUGCAGUGCCUGUCGGUCCACUGCACGGACGAGCUGGGCGAGGCCAAGGGCCGCAACGGGCCCGUCUCCUCCUGGCGCUCGCUGCACUCCGACAUCUCCAACCGCUUCGGCACCUUCGUGGCGGCGCUCACCUGAGGACUGGCCCCCUUUGGCCACGCGCUCUGUCCCUCUCUUACUGCUGACCACAGAGAGUGGAGAGAGAGAGAGAGAGAGAAGGAAGGAAGGGGGGAUGAAGGGAUGGAGAGGACGGAGAGAGAGGAGGAAGACAGCAGUGAUUGGAGGAGGAGGAGGAUGGAGGAUGUGGAUGAAGAGGAGGAAGAUGAUUGCAAGCUGAUUGUUGCUGUUGCUGUUGAUCGUCGUCUCUCUCUCUCGUCAUCCAUUCCCCAGAGAUGGGAAUGCUCAGACAAGGACACACACAUUCACAAGCAUACACACUUCAACACACAGAAGACAUGCGCACACACACACACACACACACACACACACCUCACACACACAUACACACAUUAACACACACACACACACACACACACACACACACACACACACACACACACACACACACACACACACACACACACAUUCACACCACUGGUGGACAGGACUUUAUGGCAGGGUGCCAAACAGAUGCGUCCACCGUAGGAGAACCUCAAACGUUUUUUUUGUGUGUUUUUUGUUUUAGUUUUUCUUUUGUUUUUCUUUUGUUUUUUGUUUUCAUUUUUGUAGAAAAUGAACAGACAUGAAUGAGGCUUGAGGGAGGAGAG